AUAAUAUUAAGGGUUUGUGGUACAUCUCUAAUGAUAUAAAUUUCUGGCAAACAGCGAUAAUUGGGAACGAGAAGAAAGAAAGGAUGGGAGAAGAAUUGAAGCUGUUGGUCAGAACGUCGAGUCCGUACACACUGAGAAUAGUAUGGGCGCUGAAGUUGAAAGGGUUGGAAUACGACAUCGUUUACGAAGAUCACAGUCUGGCCAACGAGAGUUCGCUGCUUUUGGAGGAGAUCAGUCCGAUCCACAAGAACCUUCCUGUAUUGCUCAUCCAUGGCGGAAAACCGACCGCCGAACCGCUCGUCAUCCUCGAAUACAUCGACGGGGUUUGGAAGCAAAAUCCAUUACUGUCUCAGGAUCCUUACCAAAGAGCCGUUGCCCGCUUCUGGGUCAAAUUUGCUGAGGAUAAGGUUUUGCCAUCCAUUAUAAACGUGUUCGUGAGGGGCAACAGGAGAGAGGAAGCCAUUGGAGAAUUGGAAGCCUCUCGAAGAAGAGCUAAAGGGAAAGAGAUUCUUUGGAAGGGAAAGUGUUGGGAUUGUGGACAUCGUGGUUGGGUAGAUUGCAUUCUCGUUCACUGUAGUAGAGGAUAUGGGUGGACCUUGCCUGGUCACGCAAGAAAGGUUUUCCCUCUUAUCCAAAUGGAUAGCCGAAGUGAAAUGUGGCACCAUCUGAUUAUGCCACGUAGUUGGAUGGCAAAAGAUAGUGAAACUUAGCUGCCCUAUAAUAAGAGGACACACGAAAACAUAAACUAAAAGAAAUAUUUA